AUGAACAACGAUAAAAUUACAAAUAAAGUAAUAGAAUGGUUGCAAGAAGAUGAAGAUACAAACAUCAGUGACCUGAACUCAGAAACAGAUACAGAAUCUGAGCAUUCAAAUCAUGACACUGAAUCAGAACAGUCAGGUAAUAGCGAUUCUGAUAAUACACAUACCCCGGCUUCAAAUAAUUUACUGAAUAUCCCUUGUUAUGUUGGAAAAGAUGGUACGAAAUGGCUAAUGCAUAAGCCACAAACUACAAAAACUGCUCGUCAAAAUAUAAUUACAAAAUUACCGGGAGUGAAAGGUGAAAGAGACUGUCCACCAACAAAUUUUGAAGAAAUUUUAGCAUUUUUUGGGUUAUUAUAUUUGGCUGGUGUAAAGAAGGCUCAGCAUUUGAACACCGAUGAAUUAUGGUCUACCGACGGUACAGCUCCUGAAUUUUUCUCGGCAACUAUGUCUAAAAGACGUUUUCAUACUCUCGUACAAGCAAUUCGUUUUGAUGAUCGUAAUAGUAGAUUAGAGCGAAAAAAGACUGACAACCUAGCGCCAAUCAGAUAUAUUUUUGACCAGUUUUUAAAAUCAUGCAUAGAAAGUUACACAAUAAGUGAAUACGCUACUAUCGAUGAAAUGUUAGAAGCAUUUCGUGGGAGGUGUAAAUUUAGGCAAUAUAUAGCCAACAAACCCGCUAAAUAUGGCAUCAAAAUAUACGCUCUUGUUGAUGCUAGAACAUUUUAUACUUCCAACAUGGAAAUAUACGCUGGAAAACAGCCCCCAGGUCCAUUUCAAAAAGAUAAUAGUGCAGCUUGUGUAGUGAAACGUCUAAUAGAACCAAUUGAUAAAUCCGGGCGAAAUAUUACAAUGGAUAAUUAUUUUACAUCUGUACCUCUCGCCAACGAAUUAUAUGCAAACCACCGGCUUACUAUUGUAGGAACAUUACGGAAAAACAAAAGAGAGAUUCCACCAGAGUUUACUAAUAUAAAAUCACGUCCAUUACAAAGUACAAUGUUUGCAUAUGGACAACAUACAAACAACAGUCUUCUUUGCUCGUAUGUUCCUAAAAAAAAUAAAAAUGUUUUAAUGUUAUCAACAAUGCAUCGUGAUGAUUAUAUUGACCCAGAUUCGGGUGAUUUGAAAAAGCCAGAAGUAAUAACUUUCUACAAUUUGACCAAAGGUGGAGUUGAUGUAGUAGAUCGACUAAAAAGUGAAUAUUCAGUUACAAGAAUAAGUAACCGUUGGCCAUUUACAAUUUUUUGUAGUCUGUUGAAUAUUGGAGCAAUAAAUUCACAAAUAAUUUAUAAAACGAAUACGAAUGAUAUAUUUACUAGAAGACAAUUUCUUACAGACUUAUGCAAAAUAUUAACAAAACCCCAUUUGUUAAAACGUGCAACAAUACCUAGUCUUGGAUUAUCAAUUCGCCAGAAAAUACAAAAUAUUACAGGAUUUCAAGCAGCACCAAAGGAAAACACUCCUCAAGGAAAGCCACGAUGUACAUACUGUCCAAUACGUAAAAAUAGAUUCACACAGCAUCAAUGUAGCCUUUGCUCCAAACCAAUUUGCAAGGAACAUACUGCAUCAACUAACCUAAUUUGCCUCAUUUGUAAUAAUCCUCAAGAUUCAGAUGAUUAA